AUGAUCAUGAAGGAUUGGAUAAAAAUAAAAAAUGAUCAAGAGAGAAAUUUAAUGAUACGAAGAGCGCAAACUGCACGAAUAAUUAUUAUUUGUUCUUACUGCAUAAUGGGAUUACAAUGGUCUUUUAUUUCUGUGCUGCCUAUUUUUGGAGUGACAAUGAGACUGACACCUAAUAUUACUGAUCCAGGAAGGAUACCAAUGCCUUUACAAUCUCAUUAUAUUUACGAUAUAACAAAAAGGCCGCAACAUGAAUUAACAUUUAUUAGUCAAGCAAUCUAUGUAGCUAUCGGUAUGAUGGCCUAUACUGGAGUGGACAAUUUUCUCAGUCUCGUGGUUUUUCAUAUAUGCGGACAAUUAGACAUUCUUGAAAAUCGUAUGCAACAUUUGGAUAAAUACAAAAAUUAUCCCAAAAUGCUGAAACGCUGCAUAGAAAAACAUAUACGUUUGCUUAGAGCUAUUGAUAUCAUUGAAGAUACGUAUAAUGGAAUACUUCUCUCUUUAUUUAUAUAUUUUGCGAUACUCUUUGCUUUCUAUGGAUUUCGGAUAAUUAGCGUAAUCGUUUUAAUAAAUUUCGCACUUAUUAAGAUUUCUGCAGGUAGAUUUCGAAUGGGCGGUAAAACUAAAUCGUUUCACUUUAAAUUUGAUUGGACUUUGGCCUAA